AUGGCGUCUGAAGAGCUUGCCAAGAAGCUACAGUCACGACUCGCCGCCUCGGAAGAGACCGAGCCGAGGCCAGAGCUCGAGGAGAACCUCGUCCCGGCCAAAUACCAAGAAUCGGAGGCGGCUUGCGGCGAUACUUCAACCGAGCUUUCCGCUAAACUCAAUCGACGGCUGGACAUCAACGAAGGCAACGCGCCCCCUCGGGCUAGUCGCGUUUUCAACCCCUACACUGAAUUUAAGGAGUUCUCCCGAAAGCAGAUUAAGGAUAUGGAGGUGAUGUUUAAAAGGUAUGACACUGGUAAAGAUGGCUUCAUUGACCUGAUGGAGCUGAAGUUGAUGAUGGAGAAACUGGGGGCUCCACAGACACACUUAGGCCUAAAGAACAUGAUCAAAGAAGUGGAUGAGGACUUUGAUGGAAAGCUGAGCUAUCGAGAGUUCUUGUUGAUCUUCCGAAGAGCAGCAGCAGGGGAGCUUCAAGAAGAGAGUGGUCUUAUGGCACUAGCCAGACUUUCUGAAAUCAACGUCUCCACUGAGGGAGUGAGUGGGGCCAAAGACUUCUUUGAAGCUAAGAUGCAGGCGCUGUCGGUGAGCAGCAAGUUCGAGGCCGAGAUCCGAGAAGAGAAGGAAGAACGCAAGAAACAGGAAGUGGAGAAAAAGGAGAGGCAAGCCGCCUUCAAACAGCUUCAGUCGGCGUUCUGCUCAUGA